AUGGGCCUGGCCUACAACACCUACCUCACCAGCAACAAGAUCUACGGUUGCAAGACAUGCAAGGCGCAUCUUGCUAACCACGAGGACAUCAUCUCUCGGAACUUCCGGGGUCAGCAUGGCAAGGCCUACCUGUUCCAUCGUGUCGUCAAUAUCGACACCGGUGACCCUAAUGAGCGUAACAUGACCACCGGCCGCCACAUUGUCCGUGAUAUCGCCUGCCAUCAGUGCAAAGAAACGGUGGGUUGGAAGUACGACAAGGCUUUUGAGACUUCAGAAAAGUACAAGGAGGGCAAGUUCAUCCUCGAAGCUGAGCUGCUAUGUAAUGUCGCUUGA